CCAACCCUGUUUGUCCCACCCUCUGUGUCAACAUGAGGCCAGCCACAUAAAGCACCAAGAGGCCUCUGGUGGGACAUUUCUUUGGCCACAGCAGCCCCAGGAGGAAGGUGAGUCACCAACCGCCCAGCAGCAUGACGGAACUGGAGACAGCCAUGGGCAUGAUCAUCGACGUAUUUGCCCGGUACUCCGGCCGUGAGGGCAGCGGGCAUACCCUGAGCAAGGGGGAGCUGAAGGUGCUGAUGGAGAAGGAGCUCCCGGGCUUUCUUCAGAGCGGAAAGGACAAGGAUGCCGUGGACAAACUGCUCAAGGACUUGGACGCUAAUGGGGAUGCCCAGGUGGACUUCAGCGAGUUCGUCGUGUUUGUGGCUGCACUCACAUCUGCCUGUCACAAGUACUUUGAGCAGGCAAGACCUAAAUGAUGCCCUGGAGACCCAGAUUCCUGACAGAGGCACAGCAGGGCUUGGGAGCGAGUCCCUGCCUUCCAUAAAGUCCUUCUUGGCAAUUAACACCCUGGGCUAAGCCUGCUGAUGCCCCUCUGAUUAAUAAAUGCUUGUGAAAUAAUCCUAG